GCAAAGUUUGUCAUAAAAAUGUAUAAAACGCAUACGAAGGUUUUCGCGUAGUCAUUAUUUUUCGCUGACGCAUUUCAAAAUGUCAUUUAAUACUUUAUUAUUUUGUGUUGCAGCUUGCUUAUUGCAGAAUGCCAUUUGCCAAAAUGUUCUCUCGUUAAACAACUGCGGGUGCCAGCAACAACCUCAAGGCCUCAACCUUGGUAACCUAGGCCUCGCGCUCGGCAACCCCACCUUCUCGAUCGGUAACCCCGGCCUCUCGCUUGGCAACGCUGGCAAUGGGAUCAACCUCGGAGGCCUCGGUUGCAAUUCUCCGAAUUUGAUGCUUGGCAAUAUGGGCGGUAACAAUUGCAAUAAUGUUGUUCAGAGCACCAGCCAGCAAUGUGGCUACGGCGACGUUGCCAUAGUGGGUGAGGUGCCAGUCCAGGGGCCUACGGCGGUGUGUGGCAACGUGCCAGUCAUUGGCUAUGUGGUGUUCGAGGGAGACGUGCCAGCCGGUGGCUUGGUGUCCGUCGUGGAUCCUUGUGGUUGCCAAUGCAACCAGUAAUAA